AUGGCACAGUUACCUCCUAAAAUACCAACCAUACCCCAAAAUUGGUCAUCUUUUCCUCACCAAAGGGUACCCACAAUGGCAAACUUUACCUCAACAAACGCAGCAUCAUCAUCAUCAUCAGCAACAACAACAACAACAACAAUCACACCUCCGUCAUGGGUCGACGAGUUUCUCGACUUCUCGUCCGCACGGCGGGGAGCUCACCGGCGAUCCGCCAGUGAUUCCAUUGCCUUCCUCGAGACGCCAUUCCUCGAAGAAUGUCGAGCCGGCUUCGACCGGCUCGACGAGGAGCAGCUAAUUUCCAUGUUCUCCGACGACAUUGCCACCGUGGCGCUGCCGCCUCCGCCGCUGUCGUCGGCCUCCAACCCUUCCUCGCCGUCCUCCGACCAAAAUAGUAACAACGAGGAGAAGCCAAUGGUAAUGGCGUUGGACGUGAAGCCUAAGAAGGAAGCUGUGGAAGAGGAAAACUCGUGCAAGAAUGAGACGGCGGCGCCGCCACUCUCCGGCACCGCCACCUGCACUGAAACCGUUGUCGAUCCCAAGAGGGUCAAAAGAAUAUUGGCAAACAGGCAAUCAGCUCAGCGGUCAAGGGUGAGAAAGCUACAAUACAUUUCUGAGCUUGAAAGGAGCGUAACAACUUUACAGACGGAGGUAUCAGCAUUGUCACCACGAGUUGCAUUCUUGGACCAUCAACGUUUGAUUCUUAAUGUCGACAAUAGUGCCUUGAAGCAACGGAUUGCUGCUUUGGCCCAAGACAAGAUUUUCAAAGACGCUCAUCAAGAAGCAUUGAAGAAGGAAAUAGAGAGACUGAGGCAAAUCUACCAACAACAGAACCUACAUAAGAUGGCUAACACAGUCAACAACAAUGGACAUUCACUUCAAUCUCCAACAUCACAGCCACAACCACCAAUGUAA